GCGCCCAGGUGAGCUGCGCCGGGUUCCGGAACCUCCUGAACUCCCGGCUGGCCAGCGCGCUGAGUCCGACGGAAGGGCGUUACUGUCGGGCUGGGACGGAGGGCAUGUGGACCCCUCCGGGCUGAGGACUGGGAUGCUCUUGUGGCUGACAGCUAUGGAGUUGAAGGUGUGGGUGGAUGGCAUCCAGCGUGUGGUGUGCGGGGUCUCAGAGCAAACCACCUGCCAAGAAGUGGUCAUUGCGCUAGCUCAAGCAAUAGGCCAGACAGGCCGCUUUGUGCUUGUGCAGCGUCUUAGAGAGAAGGAGCGGCAGCUGCUGCCACAGGAGUGUCCAGUGGGUGCCCAGGCCACCUGCGGACAGUUUGCCAGUGACGUGCAGUUUGUCUUGAGGCGCACAGGGCCUAGUCUGGCUGGGAGACCCUCUUCAGACAGCUGCCCACCCCCAGAGCGCUGUCCAGUUCGUGCCAGCCUCCCCUCGAAGCCACGGGCAGCAUCAGGCCAUGAGUCCCGCAAAGCACUGACCUGUGGACCAAGGUGUCCCAAGUUGGCACCUGCCCCCUCCUCCCCAGAACUUGUGGCCCCUGUAAUGCCCAGACCAAGCUUCGGGACAGAUCUGCAGGGCCUGGAGCUCAGGGUACAGAGGAACUCAGAGGAGCUCAGCCACGAGGCCUUCUGGGAACAGGAGCUGCGUCGGGAGCAGGCUCGAGAGCAAGAGGGGCAGGCUCGUCUGCAGGCACUGAGUGCUGCCACUGCAGAGCAUGCUGCCCGGCUACAGGCCCUGGACACCCAGGCCCGCACCCUGGAGGCCAAGCUGCGGCUGGCUGCAGAGGCCCCUGGACCCCCCUCACCCACGGCAUCUGCUGCCGAGCACCUGCGCCAGGACCUAGCCCUCCAGGAGCAGCAUAGUGCAGAAGUACAGGGCAGCCUGGCCCUGGUGAGCCGGGCACUGGAGGCUGCAGAACGGGCCCUGCAGGCCCAGGCUCAGGAGCUCGAGGAGCUGAACAGGGAGCUCCGCCAGUGCAACCUGCAGCAGUUCAUCCAGCAGACAGGGGCUGCACUGCCAUCACCCCCACGGCCAGACAGGGCCCCCCUACAGGACCUUCUGCCUCCUUUGAGAGAGGAGUCCCUCCCAAGACCUCCCCUCAGUCCUGUCCUUGUGUCUAGCCUGAGCCCUGAUGGUAUGUCUGCCUCAUCCCCACUCCCUCCUCUGGCCUCAGCCUCCUCAGCCUAUGUCCCUCCCACAGUUGCCCCCAUGAGGCAGAACUUCUGGAGGUAGCAGCUCCUGCCCCAAAGUGAUGUUCAUUGGCACUCCAGCCCAAGGCUCUAGUGACAGACUAGUGAGGACAGCUGAGACAAGCCAACCUGGACCCUAGAAGGAGAGUCAGCAGUCACAGAGGCUUCUGCCCAUGCAGGGGCUGAAGGGUGCUGGAAGGGUCACCCUGGCCCUUGCCAAGUUUGCCAAGCCCUCUGAAGAGGCAUGAGAUACAGCCCACUCAGAACUUGCCAGGCCCCAAAGGCCACAAUUCCUUUUUGGUGAUGGGAGGUUCACGGACCGUGUGUUCCACCCGGGAUAUGUGCUUGCCUGCGGGAGGUGUCUUUCCCUGUAUGGACGUGUACACAGAAGAACAUGUAUGCCACCUUCCCUACCACAACAUUGAAACCUCAAUAAACUGCCCUAAA